AUGGCUUAUAUAGAAUGUAAAGUUUGGCAUUUUCAAGGAGAUGAUGAUAUAGAUCUAAAAAGUCAUCACGAAGCAAUGAAAGCAGGAUGUAGGUUCUAUACAGUCAAGGUAUUGAUAGACACAUCAUCUAGAGGGAAAGAUAGACUAGUAUUUACUAAUGGUGAUGAUAUUUUUAAUAAUUUCGUGGUUAUUAAAAAGCUAAAAGUAGACCUCGUAUUAAGAUUACCAUGGUUAUGA